UUGACUCAUAUAUCAUAUCUACUACCUCCGCCAAACAGUAACUUGUCUUUAAUAUUACUUUACAAACGUUCUUGUUGAAGGCAUGGAAGUACCAUUGUCAUUCUUAAUUUAUUUCGUGAUCCAUCUAUUGUUAGUGGAAAAUGUCCAGGGACAAUCAAAACUUAUUGAACCCCCGUCUAGGUCGGCUAUGUGGCGGUAUGGAUUUAACACACCUAGAAAUACAAAGGACAACGGGUUGAAUUGUGGUGGCAUCAGCACCUUGAAGGCCAAUGAAGACAAAUGUGGAAUAUGUGGAGAUCAUUAUAACCGUUCACCAAAACCAAACGAAGAUGGUGGAAAAUAUGCCACAAGAACCAUCAGUAGAACAUACACGCAAGGUGAAACUGUGGAUUUUACCGUGGAUGUGACAAUUGGUCGAAGAGGUUUCUACGUAUUUCGACUAUGUAAAUUGGUAGGUGUUUUUGAAGCUACCGAAGACUGUUUAAAUCAACACGUGUUAACACUUGCCAAUGGAACUUCACGAAUAAACGUCCCGUCAAGUCGUUUUACGAAAAAAACGUUUCAGCUUGUAUUACCGAGUAACAUAACCUGUGAUCGAUGUGUUAUACAAUGGAAAUAUGUAACAGAUAGCAUGUGGGGUUGUAAUACAAAUCCAAGAAAAUGUUGCUUUGGUUGUGGAAUCCAAGAAAAAUAUAUAAACUGUGCAGAUGUUAAGAUUGAUGCAGUUGCCACCGCUGCCACCACAUCAGCCCCUACCACUACUGCAGCCCCUACCGCUACUGUCACUCCUACCACCACCACCCUAUCUCCUACCACUACUCCAUCUCCCACCACAACGUUACAACUAACUACUCUACCCCCCGCACCUGUUGUCAACAUAGUGCAACCUUCGGAAGCCGCGACCCAAUCAAGUCAAAUGGUUGCCACGACUCAAACCAACAACCAACACUCGCAUAUCCAUGAACUUCUAGAGGCACAAAGAGCACAGCUAGAAGAGUUAGCAAGAUUAAGAAUAGAAAUGGAAGAGAUGAGCAGCAAGAAAACAACCCAAACUACACCAGCAGCCACGACUCCUGCUCCCGUCAUUAGUACUAUGGGACCAGCACCAGAUGAUCCACAGAAGCUCAAAGAAUUUGUUCAAGCAUUCCUUUCAGUUACUCGAAGAUAUCACGGAAAUGUGCCACACACGCCCGGAACACUUAUGAAUAUACUGGAGAAAGUUAAAUUAUUUGAACCAACAACUACAACCCCAGCUCCCUCACAUGCUGAAUCAUUUUUAAAGAAUGUGCUGUUUCCUAGCAACGCGCAACAACCACAAGUUCAGCCAAUGGCAGUACCCGAUCAGCCACAAGCGUUGAAUUUAGGUAACCAAUAUCCUUCAAACCUAGCACGCCAAAAUGCGUAUCCUUCUGUGUUUCCGAAUCCUGUAUCAAACUACCAGCCCCAGUCUAGCACAUAUUAUAACCCAUAUCCACCUGAAAUCAUGAAUGGCAACCCAACCAGCCCACUUUAUGGUUUGAAUCCAGAGGCCGCAUCUCAAGCGGCGGGUGAACAACCAAUGUUUGACAUGUCUUCCUUCGCAAGUCCAAUGCUUGAGAUGGGCCAAGCUAAUGAAUUGGGGAAUGGUGGUGCUAGUGGGUUUUCUCCAAUGGCCAUGAUGGCUCAAAUGCUUAUGGCUCAGUCACAACCUGCAGCAGGGGUGCCAACCGCACAAAUUGUCCCAAGUGCUCCAACAAUGCCAGCACAACAAGCACAGUCCGUAGUUGCACAAACACCACAACCUGUAGUUGCACAAACAGCAGCACCAGUAAAAGAAGUUCCACUGCCUACCGCAGUUAUUAACAAAGCCCUUGCAUUGCCUGUUGUGGCUAAAAAAGAACCUUUAACUCUUGAAACACUAAAUGACGCUCAAAGAACAGAAAUUCUACAGAAGUUGAAAAUUGCAAAUGUCAUACUUUCCAAGCAAGUCCCCACUGUAUCUCUGGCAGAGAAACUGAAAGUGUACAGAAUGGUAAUCAACAAAGCAGUAAAAACCUUGAACGAAGAACGGGCUGCUGAGAUUGAAAAAACUUCACCACUUGUUCUUACAGAACUAACACAAAACCAACAGCUUCUGGAACAGCAAUUACAAAUUGAAAAACUACGUCUAGAGUUAAUGCAUGUAAAAAACCAAACUGCAAAAGUUGUUGCCAUGCAAGCACCCACAGCCCCUACGACAAAACAACAAAACAAACCUGUUUCGGAAGCUCAAUUACUGGACACUAUUUUUGGUUCCGGCACUCAACAUGCACACGGUGCGCAAGGGGUCCAACGUGCUACACCUCGCGUUAAUCCUAAUAUUAAUCAACCAAGAUUACCUGGUGGUGUACAUGCAGCUCACCCUAUGCACAGUGAGCCCGUAAACUUUAACCAGAUGGACCCGUUUGCACUAAUGGGCAUGGGUGGUAUGGGGGGCAUGGGAGUUAUGGGAGGAUUCGGACCAUUUAUAGAUCCUACGUCCACGUGUGAAUAUAUAGGUGUCGCAGAAAUUGAAUGGCCCUGCAGACGUAAUUGCGUACCUGAUGGUUCAGGAAUGUCUUGUGUUGCACGACAACCAACAAUCCCUCAACACCAAACAAAAUGUGCUAUGGACUGUGCGGUUAAAGCAAUGUAAAAUCAGUUAUAACAGUAAAUUUUCUUAUAUAGAAGGUUUUGCUGUUGUCGAACUACCCAGGAAUACACGGGCUAUAAUUGUGAAAUGUAUAAAUACCGUUCUGGUUACACGUAGACUUUUACCGUAGUGGCAAAGGUUAGAAAUAUGCUGAAGUUAUUGCAGUGAUAUAUUUAAAGAUACAUUAUGGGAGAUUAGAUAAAGAGCUGGCAGUUCUCACUUUAAUAGUUAAAAACUAGAUACUGUAAAGGGAAUUUGCUGAAAAUUUCAGUCAAAUUGAUCCACUAUGGACCGAGAUUUUAACGAUUGAAUUUCCCCCUAUCCUCGAUCAUCAUUACUAAAGUCGGUAGGAUAACAAACAUAGUCUCGAUUAUUCAUUUCAUGAUUAAAUUCUGAAUGGAAGUCGAACAGCAAAUUGGAACCUAAUCCAAUAAAUACCACAGGCUAGCGAUAACAUCAAGAAUUGAUUAUGGUCUGGAUAAGUUAAUUAAUGUCCAAUUAAUGAUUUAGAUAACAUUUCAGGCCUAAAGAAAGACCUGCAAUAGGCAGAUUUAGCUCUUGCAUAAUGUAUGUUUAAUAAAGCAGUAUUUACUGGAAUUUUAAGAGACUAAUGAAUAUAAAUUAAA